AUGUCGCCCUCUUACCGCAUCGCCUCCAUCCCCGGUGAUGGCAUCGGCCCCGAGGUGGUCAGCGCCACCAUCCAAGUUGUUGAGAAGCUUGCCAAGACACUUGGGACUUUUAACAUCGACUUCACCCAUAUUCCCUGGGGAACUCAAUACUAUAAAGAGCAUGGAAAAUAUGUCUCCGACGACUGCCUGGAAACGCUGCGCAAGUUCGACGCUGGCUUGUUCGGAGCAACCAUAUCUCUUUGUGGGGCCUCCUCCUGGCCAUCCGCGGCCCCCCUGCAGCUCUACGCCAACGUCCGUCCAGUCAGGACAUUCCCUGGAACAAAGUGUCCGCUGAACACCGCAACCGAAGGCAUCGAUUGGAUGCUCGUGCGUGAGAACUCAGAGGGCGAGUAUUCCGGCCAAGGUGGUCGCUCGCACAUCGAUCAGGAAUGGGAGGCCGCGACCGAGGUGGCGAUGUUCACUCGUGUCGGAAUCAAACGUAUCAUGCGAUUCGCCUUCGAGACAGCGCAAUCACGUCCUAAGAAGCAUCUCAUCGUCGUUACUAAGAGUAACUCCAUGCGCAAUGGAAUGGUUCUAUGGGACAAAGUUGCUGCGGAGGUAUCGAAGGACUUCCCGGAUGUUAAGUGGGAGAAGAUGCUAGUCGAUGCAAUGACCGUGCGAAUGGUCGCCAAGCCUCAAUCAAUCGAUACUAUCGUCGGCACCAAUUUGCACAUGGAUAUACUGUCAGACUUGGCCGCGGGCUUGGCUGGGUCUAUCGGCGUGGCCCCCUCGAGCAAUCUGGACCCGACGCGGAAGAACCCGUCCAUCUUCGAGCCUGUCCAUGGUAGUGCUUUCGAUAUUACAGGAAAAGGUGUCGCAAAUCCCGUAGCGACAUUCUGGUCGGCAGCCGAGAUGCUCAUUUGGAUCGGGGAGAAGGAUGCUGCGGCCAAGCUGAUGCAUUGCGUUGAAACAGUCUGUGCUGCUGGCGUGUUGACGCCUGACCUCGGUGGGACAGCAAACACCCAAGGCGUGGUUGAUGCGGUUUGUGACGAGAUCGAGAAGUUCAUUGCCUGA